CUCAUCUCUCAACGCGCUCGUGCGCCAAACAAACGGCACAGCUAUCUGGUUUUUCUUCGCCUCCUCCUGUCUCGUCCUCCGUUGUCCCACGGUUGCACGCCCGCUGCACGUCACAGCUCCCUUCACCGAGGCAAUUGAGGCUCACGCUCUUCGUUUCACCCCGGCGCCUCGAUCUUGAGCCAAUACGAAGCACUUAUCUAGGGCCGCCCGUCUCAGUAGCUCACCCAAGCUCCACGCUCGCCGCACCCCGACUUUGCAGCUUAUUAGACUCGCCAGACAGCUGUCUUGAACCACUCUUUCGCGCUCUCCUUUGUUUCUCGGAAGCUUCGAGGCGCUAGCACAAUGGCCGAGACCCGCGACGUUAACAACCACGUCCUCUUCGAGGUCGCUACCGAGGUUGCGAAUCGAGUUGGCGGCAUCUACUCUGUCUUGAAGUCGAAAGCUCAGGUGACCACGGCUGAAUAUGGCUCGGCAUAUACUUUGUUGGGGCCGCUCAACAGAAAUUCGGCGGCGGUCGAAGUUGAGGAAUUGGAGCCCAAGGACCCGGCUAUGGUGGCUACCAUCAAGUCGAUGAACGAACGCGGUAUCCAGACUCUGUACGGCCGAUGGCUUAUUGAUGGCGCCCCGCGGGUCCUUCUGUUCGACACUGGCACUGCCUACGGAUAUCUGGACGAGUGGAAGGGCGAUCUCUGGUCUGUCGCAGGCAUUCCUUCACCGCCUGGUGACUCAGAAACCAAUGAAGCCAUUGUUUUCGGCUACCUGAUUGCGUGGUUCUUGGGCGAGUACGUGUACCACGAGAAGAAGCGAGCCGUCAUCGCACAAUUCCAUGAAUGGCUCGCCGGAGUCGGUCUCCCACUUUGCAAGAAGCGACGCAUCGACGUGACCACUAUCUUCACCACGCACGCGACCCUCCUUGGUCGCUAUCUGUGCGCUGGCUCCGUCGACUUCUAUAACAACCUACAAUACUUCGAUGUGGAUGCUGAAGCGGGCAAGCGUGGCAUCUACCACCGGUAUUGCAUCGAGCGCGCUGCAACACACUCGGCCGACGUCUUCACCACCGUCUCCCACAUCACCGCAUACGAGAGCGAACAUCUUCUCAAGCGGAAACCGGACGGUGUGUUGCCGAACGGUCUGAACGUGAAGAAGUUCUCCGCCACGCACGAGUUCCAGAACCUACAUCAACAGGCUAAGGCGAAAAUCAACGACUUUGUGAGGGGACAUUUCUACGGCCACAAUGAUUUCGAUCCUGAGAAUACACUCUUUUUCUUCACUGCGGGCCGGUACGAGUACCGGAACAAGGGUGUGGACAUGUUCAUCGAGUCAUUGGCGCGGCUGAACCACCGGAUGAAGAGCGCAGGGUCGAACAUGACUGUGGUUGCGUUUAUGAUCAUGCCUGCACAGACGCAGUCGCUCACUGUGGAGGCCCUCAAAGGGCAAGCCGUCAUCAAGUCGCUCCACGACACCAUCAAGGUCAUCGAGGAGAACAUUGGCAAAAAGCUCUUCGAGCGCUCAAUAGCAUGGACCGAAGGCCAGGAAGUGCCUGACGAUAAGGAUCUACUAUCCGCUUCAGAUAAGAUCAUGCUCCGCCGGCGGUUGUUCGCUAUGAAGAGACAUACUCUCCCGCCCAUCGUAACCCACAACAUGGUCAAUGAUACGGAGGAUCCCGUGCUGAACCAGAUCCGCCGCUGCCAGCUGUUCAACCACCCGUCGGACCGCGUCAAAGUCGUAUUCCACCCGGAGUUUUUGAACUCAUCGAAUCCGGUGUUGCCCCUGGAUUACGACGACUUCGUCCGCGGUACUCAUCUCGGUGUUUUCGCCUCCUACUAUGAGCCGUGGGGCUACACUCCCGCUGAAUGUACCGUCAUGGGCGUGCCCAGUAUCACGACUAAUCUGUCUGGUUUUGGCUGCUACAUGGAGGAGCUGAUCGAGAACGCCGCAGACUACGGAAUCUACAUUGUGGACCGACGAAUGAAGGGAAUUGAUGAUUCGGUCAAUCAGCUCGUCGACUAUAUGUUUGAAUUUACAAAGAAAAGCAAGCGACAACGCAUCAACCAGCGCAACCGAACCGAGCGCCUCAGCGACUUGCUUGACUGGAAGCGGAUGGGCAUGGAAUAUGUCAAGGCUCGGCAGCUGGCUCUUCGACGAGCCUAUCCUGGGGCGUACGAAGAAGACGAGGAGCCAGAUUUCUUCGGCACCCACGAGGUCAAGAUCUCGCGACCCCUGUCUGAGCCUGGCUCCCCACGCGAUAGGUCAGGCAUGAUGACUCCCGGAGACUUUGCUUCGUUGCAAGAAGGACGCGAAGGCCUCAGCACCGAAGACUACAUUGCCUGGAAGCUCCCGGAAGAGGAAGAUCCGGAUGACUACCCAUUCCCGCUGACGCUCAAGACGAAGAAGCCAGGCUCGGGCGCGAUUUCGCCAGCGCUGAAUGGCAUGGGGUGAGGGAGAGCAUAGAGGCGAGAGGGAGGAGACGUUAGAUUGCAUUGCCCGCUAUUUCUUAAAUCCUCUGUACGCUGUCGUGUUUUGGUAUUGCAUCGGGAUGUUCCUGCAUGGUGGCGAUGUUCGGCGAGCCUUUCAAUUGUGAAAUUCUUUGGUACCUGAGCAAGCAUGGUCCGCGCUCUCAUAUCUCAUCUAUAUAUUUGCCAUCUGCAACAAUUCGAACCUGGGUCGGAACCCACCGUUCCCUAGCGACGCCCGAGACGAG